UAUUCUACUACUAAAUUACAGUUCUCUGUAUUUACUACCACAUCCCCUUCAGUUUGUCCAAGCGGACGUUCUAUCUUCCCUCCAAAGAGAUUCAAAUUAGAUCGUUCGAGCAAACUCGCAUCUCAUUAGCCAUGAAUUCCAGAAGGGACUUCUCUAACGGUAGAGCUGCUCUCUUUGAUGGCAUUGAGGAGGGUGGUAUAAGAGCCUCAUCUUCUUACUCUCAUGAAAUUGAUGAGCAAGACAAUGAUAAAGCAAUAGAUGGGUUGCACGAUAGGGUGAAUCUACUGAAAAGAAUGACAGGUGAUAUACACGAGGAAGUAGAGAAUCAUAACCUGAUGCUGGACCGAAUGGGCAACGACAUGGAUUCAUCAAGAGGAGUCCUGUCAGGCACUAUGGAUAAAUUCAAAAUGGUAUUCGAGAAGAAAUCAAGCCAAAGAAUGUUUUCUCUAGUGGUAUCGUUCGUGGUGAUUUUCUUGGUCAUAUACUUCCUGACUAGGUAACUAGUCUUUUUAGUGUGAUUCGUCUGCUGGUUUUAUGGUAGAGCCGUGGAGACUUUUCACUUUGUUACCGUAGUCCAAUAUCAGUUUCUCUUUGUAAGAUAUUUUGGUGUUUCUAUAAUAUAUCAUGUGUACAUGUGACUCAGAUUUUUAUGAGUGGAAUUGGUAGCAAGAACCAGGCCAUUUGCAUUAUUACGCUAGCAAUAUGGAAUCACCUUCUUCCCAUUUUUAUCCA